AUGUCGAGUUCUAUUACCAGCUCUGGCUUCACCAAGCCUCGAAGAGAACCUAGAGACACAGGGUUCCCUGAGCCUCUUAACAACCUCCGCAACACAACUCUCCCACAUCCUGAUGCUGAUUUUUCACCAAACGCAUGCCUCACCCAAGAGGAUAUUGACCCCGAUCGGGCUCUUAUGCGAACCCGACGAUCUUUCCUCAGGAAGAAACGACGAACUCUGAACCAUGGCCGUAUCACACCUGCCUCAGAGGCCCUCUAUAGCGCCUAUUCUCUCGUACAAUCCGAUGUCGGUGACCACGAUAGUCUCCAAACCACCAACCCAUCACUUGUCAGUGUUCGCCCAACUACGCCCAGCAUUCGAAUCUCCAGGGACGGAACCGAUAGUCUCGCAUCAAGAACCACGAGGAGGGAAGACGAAGACACGCCACCGACUUCGCCUGACGUCCCGUCACAUCGCUCUAAGAAAGGAUUCUUGAGCAAAUGGCGAAAAAACUAG